AGCGAGAACCAAGAUUUCGGGGUAAAGACGAUGCGAGUCGAUGCAGGGUUCUUUUGUAAGUGCCUGGUCAUAGAUCUUUUUGGUUGAGUUACGACCCUAGAUUUCCUUCCCUUUCCUUCCUGUCGCCCGUUGGGACCACUUGCACAUUUCACCAUGGGCCCAAUGUCGCCCACGUCGGCGGGCAGGAAUGACUUCCCACCCGUUCGAGCCUGCAUUUUCGACAUGGACGGACUCCUGAUAGACUCCGAAGAUGCUUAUACUGUUGUUACGAACACAAUUCUACACGAAAAUGGACGCCCCGAUCUCCCAUGGAACAUCAAGGCGCAACUACAAGGUCGACCAGGUCCCGCUGCGGGGAAGAUCUUCCAUACUUGGGCUCAACUGCCCAUUUCUCAUGAGCAGUUUUUGAAGAGACAGGUCGAAUUACAAGCCGAGGCGUUCAAGCACUGCAAACCUCUUCCAGGCGUGGAGAAGCUGUUGCGCCGAUUGCAGAAUGCUCACACCGAAUCGUCCUAUAGCGGCGCCGCGAGCCCGGCAGGUGCGACCCAAGUCCAGUUGGCGUUAGCGACGAGUUCUGCCGCUAGGAACUACGAGAUCAAGACGAAGACACUGAAAGGCCUGUUCAAUAUAUUUCCUGAUAGACACAAGAUACUGGGAGACGACUCUCGGAUACCCACAGGACGCGGGAAACCGCUUCCAGACAUAUACCUGUUAGCCUUGGAGGCGAUCAACGAAUCAAUCAUUUCAGACGCAGGGGGCGAAAGACCCAUAGAGCCAAAUGAGUGCCUCGUCUUCGAGGAUAGCGUGCCUGGGGUUGAGGCAGGUCGCAGAGCAGGCAUGAGAGUCGUUUGGUGUCCACAUCCUGGCUUGUUGGGCGUAUACAGAGGUAGGGAACAAGAGGUCCUCGCAGGCCAAACAGGUGAGCACAAAGAAGAUGAUGUGGAACAUGCCGGCGGGAUCCCCUUGGCAGGAAGUCCAGGUCACGUCGGCGAGAUCGGCGAUGGCUGGGGCGAGAUGCUCCAGACACUGGAAGACUUCGAUUAUGCUAAAUAUGGCAUCAGCCUUUCCGAUGCUCGAUAUACUUCAGAGAACGGGCAGUCGGCCGUAGAGGGAACAACAGAUAAAGAGCUGGAAGAGAUGACAGCGAUGGCCGAUGGCAAGACACAUGCACCAGAAGAACCUUCGCCCUCAGUCACACCUGUUCCGCAUCUAUCAUAAUCUUUGUUUGUCAGUAUGGUCAUGUCUUGAAGACCGC